GGAGCGCCGCGCCGGCCCGCUCAGUAUCGUACGGGAGCGCCGCGCGCACGGAGCGACGCUGGUGUUAGAGCCCGACUCGGACCGCUGCCGCUGCGGUCUCUGGUGUUAGUGACUGGGCGCAGUGCUGCAGUCUCCAGUGUACUGUGCCACGCCACUGAGGCUGUCCGGCACUGACAGGACCUGCCAUCGGCGUUACUGGAAAUACGACCGAAUCGUCCCUUUAGAUCGUCUUUGGAAGGUCGAAUCGCCAGAGCCGGAGAGAGUGAGGAGAACCGGCUGAAGAGAUCGUCCGGAGGAGCCGGAGCACAGACUGACAGCAGAUUGGAGAACAUGGUGCCCAAAGGAGUGAUCUAGUGAGCCGGCAGUGUGACGCAGAUCGCAGUGUGUUUCCGAGGGAGCAGUGUGGUGUGUGGGACAGAACUGGUGAGCGGUAUGGAGUGUCAGACGGAGGUGCGCGGACAGUGUCAGCCGCCGGUGCCGGUGGAGACCGGCAGCGCCGCCACAGACUAUGACCAGGAGCGGCCGCUGAUGGACAGCCCGCCGCGGCCGCGCGCGCACAGCCGCCGUCAGCGGCGCCGCGUGCUCUCCAACCCGCUACUCGACACCAUCAGCGCCAUCGAGGACGACGACAGCGACGAGCUCGGCCUGCCCGAGCGCAAGGGCGCCGACGGCGAGACGUACACGGCCGGCUACGUGGGCGGCAGCUCCAUCGACAGCGGCUACAAGAGCUCGUGUCCCACGCCGGAGAUGGUCGACAUUGCCUACUACACCACCACCCUGUCGCCGGCCGAGCAGGCCAAGCGGCUCUCCGUGGCCAGCCAGACCAGCCAGGACAGCGCCAGCAGCCUGCCCGGCAGUCUCGGCGUGGCACAAAAGCCGCGCAUCGCCAUGGGCACCAAGGUGAUGAGCCGGCAGGCGGCCAGCGCCUCCAGCGUGGAGCAGCCGCGCCGGCGACACGACUCCGGCUUCAGCGACGCCACACUCUGCCACCUGACCGUGGUGCGGGACAACCUGCUGCGGAUGGAGCGCAGGAGCCGCGAGCCGAGCGCCGCCGCGCCGCCGCCGCGGCCGGAGGCGCGCGGCCAGGGGGUGCCGGCGGUACGUCCCCGCAGCGCCAGCAUGGGCUCCGUGUCGGCCGUCAGCCCGCGGCCCCUGCGCCGCUCCGGCUCGCCCGUGCCGCCGCCCAGAGCCGCGCCCCGCGCCGCCGUGCCGGCCCCGGCUGCGGCGCCCGGUCGGCCAGCAUCGCCUCCCCCGCCGUCUGUCCACCCGCGGCGCCGCAGCCCGUCACCGGGCGCACCGCGGCCCCCGGCGCGACCGGAGCUGACAGCGGCCUGCCGGCGGCCGCGGCCACCGCCCGCCCGGCCGGCGCCGCGGGACGCCGCCGUCCGGCCGGCCGUGGCCGAGCGCGCCCAGCGCGGCACACGAGAGGAGGACAUCGACGGCCUGAUGUACGGCCGCCGCGCCGCGCCGCACUCCACGGAUCUGCUGGCACCCAGCCGGAGAGCAGACGUGCUGAUGCCUCGCGGGCCCGUCGGAGCCCGGGUGGGCGUGCCGCACGAGCCGGUCGGCCCGGCGUCGGACGGCCUGUCUGCGAGGCCCACCGCCGGACGGCCCGUGCACGGCAUCCGCUCCAAGUUCUCGCACAUGGCGCAGUGCAUGCUGGACAUCAUCGACGAGCUGCACAGCAAGGGCCGCGUUCAGCGGCCGGCCGACUCUCCCAGUCCAACGCCGUCCGACUACCACACCUACGAGGAGGUCAUGUACGGCCUGAUCGGCCGGGAGCGGAUCGCCGAGGCGGCGCCGUCACCGGAGCCGCCGCCGCUGCCGCUGCGCCCGUCGGUCCUGUUCAGCUCCGCGCGCGAGGUCGCCCCGGCCGUCCCCGUGCUGCCGCCGCCGACUGACUGCGCGCCGCGCCGGCCCGACGCCCCCAAACAGCGCAACAACCUGUACUCACUGUUCAGCAGCGCCCGCGAGCGCCGCUCCCUGUCGCACAAUCUGGAGCAGGAGGUGGCCGGCGCCGGCUCGGACGGCGACGAGUACGGCUUCGCCGUGAGGAAGUAGACGAGCCGGUGUGCAUGGGGUGGGGAGGGGCGGCCCAUGGCGCCGUGUGGGGACCGUCCGCUACCAGCGCCGUGUCGGAGGUCCGUGGCGCGGGUCUCUGCCGCCACUGAUCAGUCUGGCGGCGCCGGUACACGCGCUGACAGCUCCCGGUGCGCCGGAGGGCGGGAGCGACACGUGUCGGGGCGCGGUCAGCCGUCGGGUCGGGUGCCGAUGUGCUGAUCUCAGGCACCGCAGCAUACACGGCUAGGGUCGGACGGCGGCGGCGGCGCAACCGGGGCGCGACCAGGACCGCGCGCAGUCGUGGACGCGCUCGUUAAGAAGUGCUAGUUUUUCCUAUCGGUGGCCUUUCCAGUUUUUGUUAGCGAGGCCACUGGCGGGGAGGUACGAGAUAGAGACUCGAGACUAUUUGUGAGCUGUAUCCCAUGUUGCCAAACCUACGCACCUCACAACUGUGUCUAUGUUGGCUUUGGUGAAGCCUGUUGCCGUAUUUGUGUAAUUGCAUUCAGUAUGGUGCACAUUUUGUAUAGCGAGUUAUUUGUUGGUAAAGAAAUAUACUACCUAUGCUGCCAAUAGCG